UCAGCUAAAACAUCCACCACAUCGCGAAUGAGCGACACCCCACCCUGUCUUUUCAACCGCUCCUAUUUGCACCCUCUCGGACUGAUCUACCGGAUUAACAACAAUUAAUCAAAUUGAUUUAUUGUCUAUCCAGUCUGCAGCUACCGAAGCCAUGAGCUCUGUCCUUGUGGUCACCUUUAUGUCCGUCUGGUUUAGAGUGGCAAAAGGUCUAAGUACAGUGCCGUAUGCCCCAGAAGUCACUCCCCACAAUCUGCUGGGCAGAGUCACCAGCACAACCCUCACACUGCAACAGCCUGUGUGUUUCUUCAACAACCUCAGUGGCCUCCCCUGUGCUCCAGAUAACUGUGAAAUCUGGCUGGUCAUUGCUAGAGGUGAUGGAGUCCCAAAAUUUGAAGCCAUUAAAGGAAACACCAGUGUCUUGAUGAGCUCCCCCUAUCCAGAUGCCUUCAGAAAUAACUCCUCACCUAAUUACUUCUUGACCAAGCUGGGUGUUCAGAAUGCGUUUCCCUGUGCUGAGUCCACAGGCUUCAGGUUUUUCAGAGUUGGGGAUGAGGGCUUGUGCUCCACCAGCAACUGCAAUGGGAUCUUGCCUGCUGGCUCCACUGUCAGAGCAAAGUAUGUUCUCCUGGAUCCUGGUUCAAAACAGGUGGUAUCUGAGUCACAGUGGUCCAGUCCCAUCUCUCUGAUAGCGUUGAGCGACUCUGCUGGUAUUGAUGAGUGGAUCGGAAAGCGAUCGGGAGGAAUGAUCGUGGUGACGUCCAUCCUGUCCUCUCUGCUUGCCAUCCUGCUGCUCUUUCUGCUCACGGCCUUUGUCCUGAGAUGUACUGGCUUCCAAAAAGUGAAGCAGGAUGUGACGAUGCCACCUGCUCUGGGCUCUGUUCGUGUUAAGAAGUACAGCACCCAUAACGUGAGAAACGCAGAGGCUGUCCACAGUCCGGGAGUGACUCACACUGUGACCACUCGUACAUGAGCCCCUCAAGUCCUUCAGCCUAGUCCAGCUGCCCCCAUGUCCCUCCCUUCUUCCAAGCUGCUGCUCAGCACUGGAGAGAGUGUGGCAUUAAGCAGCCACAUGCAGUUCGCUACGCGCUUGAGGUGUGAUUUUUUUUCUUCAUUUUCUUUUUGCUCCUGAGGACUCAAAAUGCACAUCAAAACCCAUCGAAACUGGGCAGCUGAAAGCUAAGAGGAGGAAAUUGGUUUGUGCUGCACAAAGCCAUGGAAACUCUCAGCAAACUGUUGUGAUUUAUAACUGGAACCUUAACAUUGCCCCAUAAAUUGAUCAAUAUUUGUAUCAUGAUUUUUAUUCUCUUAUCUCUUUCACUCUUGGGUUGUGAGAUCUUUUCUCAGCAUGUAGUGUAUGUUUAUAUUAAGCAUUUCAAAAGUCAUACUCAUUUCAUUCUUUGUGGCAGAAUAUUUAUUAUAAAAUUCCUUGUAUUUUCUGUUUUUUGUUUUCAUUUUCAUUGACAACCGGGGAUAUAAACAGAGGUGGUGGGGAACGUGUACACAUCUAAGUGGAUUUGUCAUGAUGGAAUAAUGAUAUACAGUAGCACAGGAAGCAGUGUUUAUCCUGCAUUGAGAAUUCUCCACCUUGUCGUGCAGAAUUCACCUCCAUCCUUUCCCAUAACAGCUUUAUCCUCCAGCAGGAUGUCCUAGCUCUGGCUCGAGGGACCCCUCACUGAUUGGAUUUUGUUCCAGUCAAGCCGACAAGGAACAAAACCCACCAAAAUCUUGGGGUCCCCAGGAGUAAAACUGGGACCCCCUGUUCUAGAGGAUCACAGUGGGUCAGAACCUGAACAGGGUGCAAGGUGGAACCACAGGGGUUCCACACGCAGGUCUCACACACGCAUAUAGGAGACAAUCCAGAGACACCAGUUCACCUAGACAGGAUACGUGUAGAUAGCGAGAGGAAUCAGGCCGGCCAGGUAAACCCCAAGCAAACACAGGGUGGACACGCACACACUACACACCCAGAAACCGGUAGCUGUGAAAUGACACCGCUGCUCACUGUGCCACUGCAGAAUAUCAGGAUGUUGAUUUACUGAUAUUGUUUCAAGCAAUGGCAAUAACCAAUUCAUUCUAAUGUAAUAAACAAAUCUUUGUAUGAAAUGUGUGUGUACAUAUGUAAUAUUUAUGUUGUUUAAAUAGCCACAGUUGUUUGUUGUUAAAGACAACUGAGACUGAAUGUUUAACAUACACUGAUGGGCAAAAUUC